CCUGAAAAGAGCUUACUGGGAUGAGUCCCCACUCGAAAACCCCAAUCAAGGGCCCAGGCUCCUGAGCUCAGCGCGUGCGGCCGGCACAUGGGGCGAUGGCCCUGCUCCCGGGGCACGCGGAGCCCCCCGGCCGGGAGCCCGGCGUGGGAGGCCGAGGCGGCGGGGCGGCCCGCGCGCGGCACGUCAUCAUCAACGUGGGUGGGUGCAGGGUGCGCCUGGCCUGGGCCGCACUAGCACGCUGUCCACUCGCGCGCCUCGAGCGUCUGCGGGCCUGCCGCGGCCACGACGAGCUGCUGCGCGUGUGCGACGACUACGACGUGAGCCGCGACGAAUUCUUCUUCGACCGCAGCCCGUGCGCCUUCCGCGCCAUCGUGGCACUGCUGCGCGCCGGCAAGCUGCGGCUUUUGCGCGGCCCGUGCGCGCUGGCCUUCCGCGACGAGCUGGCCUACUGGGGCAUCGACGAGGCGCGGCUGGAGCGCUGCUGCCUGCGCCGCCUGCGCCGCCGCGAGGAGGAGGCGGCCGAGGCGCGCGCAGGGCCAGGGGCGCACGAGGCGCAGGAGAGCCCGGCGCGCGCCCUGGGGCCCGGCCGGCUGGAGCGCGGCCGGCGGCGCCUGCGCGACGUGGUGGACAACCCUCACUCGGGGCUGGCGGGCAAGCUCUUCGCCUGCGUGUCUGUGGCCUUCGUGGCAGUCACGGCUGUGGGCCUCUGCCUGAGCACCAUGCCGGACAUCCGUGCUGAGGAGGAGCGGGGCGAGUGCUCCGCCAAGUGUCGCAACCUGUUCGUGCUGGAGACUGUGUGCGUGGCCUGGUUCUCCUUUGAGUUCCUGCUUCGCUCCCUGCAGGCCGAGAGCAAGUGCGCCUUCCUGCGGACGCCGCUCAACAUCAUCGACAUCCUGGCCCUCCUGCCCUUCUACGUGUCGCUGCUCGUGGGCCUGGCUGCGGGUCCCGCGGGCAGCAAGCUGCUGGAGCGCGCGGGGCUGGUGCUGCGGCUGCUGCGCGCGCUGCGUGUGCUCUACGUGAUGCGCCUGGCGCGCCACUCGCUGGGGCUGCGCUCGCUCGGCCUCACCGUGCGCCGCUGCGCGCGCGAGUUCGGGCUGCUGCUGCUCUUCCUCUGUGUGGCCAUGGCGCUCUUCGCGCCGCUCGUGCACCUGGCGGAGCGCGAGCUGGGCGCACGCCGCGACUUCUCCAGCGUGCCGGCCAGCUACUGGUGGGCGGUCAUCUCCAUGACCACCGUGGGCUACGGCGACAUGGUGCCGCGCAGCCUCCCGGGCCAGGUGGUGGCGCUGAGCAGUAUACUCAGCGGCAUCCUCCUCAUGGCCUUCCCGGUCACCUCCAUCUUCCACACCUUCUCGCGCUCCUACUCGGAGCUCAAGGAGCAGCAGCAGCGCGCAGCCAGCCCCGAGCCGGCCCUGCAGGACGACAGCACGCGCGAGGACAGCACGCGUUCGGGCUCAGCCAGCGCCGAGGACUGCUCGCAGGGCCCCGAGGGCGGGGACUCGGUGGGGAGCACGCGGGGCGCCGCGGGACCCUGAGCAGCGGGGCGGGAGGUUCGGGCUGCGGCGGGUCAAUGCCUGCGCCCUUCCAAGGCCCACAAAACGGCCAUCCGCUGACCCUGGAGCCAGGAGUUUGGUCCAGCGCAUGUCGCUGCAGCAGGCGCAGCCAGCCUGGCUCCCCAGAGUCAUCCCGUGCUUCGCUGAUGCCUAGCGGAUUCGACAGCCUUGGUCUGCCUCCUCUUCCCCUUUAUCAUCCUUUGGGUUUUAAAUUUUCUAUGGUUGAUCAAAAAUAAAUUCAGUGAGUCCCAGAAAUGACAAGCCUGGAGCAAAUGCCAGGGCACACUGGCCCUGGGGCUGACCCUGACUCUUCCAACCACUCUGUGACCAGGGCAGUGCUGGGGAGCAUUGGUGGGUGGGGAAUGGCCUUGCCCAACCACCUUGUCACCCUCAGUGGACAUGGGAGUUGGAAAAGCCAUGGGCAGGCACCAGCACUGCAGAAGUCCAUACUGCCUUCCAGGACACAGGAUCAGAGGUUUGACACCAUACUCACAACCCCCAACUCCAAGUACCUGUUCCUUGGAGGGAACCUCAGACUGACCUCUGAUCCCCAGUCCCUGACACCAGCCCCUCGGGUGACACGCGUCUUCUGGUAGCUCCCCCUCAUGAGGUAGCAAAGCUGAAGACUGGCAUGCAGGCAUUUUAGUCCUUUCCCUGCCCUCCCAGCUACUGUGGGACCAUAGCCUCAUCCCUAGGGGACGCUGUAUUCCCUGGAAAGUCCCCAGAUUUGACUCAAGAUGGCUGCGGGAGGAGGUUCAGGGUUCAAGGGUGCACUGUCCGCAUAAGAGCGGGACCCUUUCUCUGUCGGGUAGGAGGAAUGGCGCUUUACAAAUCAUGCUGCUUUGUACCUUUUCCUUUUUUUUGGCAGUGCUGGGGCUUGAACCCAGGGUUUUAUGCAUGGUAGGCUAGCACUCUACCACUGAGCCAAAUCCUCAGCUGUACCUUUUCCUUUUAAUGAGCUCAGUCACCACAGAGCUUAUUAGUGCCUCCCAGAGGGCCCACUACCUGUAGGGCACCCUCCCUGCCCACUACACUGUAGCUUUCAGCAGGGGCCCCAGUGUGAAGCCCUUGUACUGCAGACGUAGCCUAAG